GGUUGUCCUUUUGGUAUAAGGACUAAAGUGUAGUUAAAUUGUUUGCUCUGGACUUAUUUAACUAAAAAGACGUGCAGUGAAUCAUUCACUUUUUAUUUGUUGUCCUGUACCUAAAGAUGAAAAUUUGGAAGCCGUUGACGUUGAACUAUUUACAAAUGUUGAUGUUAGUUGAAUGCAGUAUUCCAUUCAACUUAAAGGAAUCACAAUUAUCAACUAAAGUAUGUAUUCAUAAAACUAUAAAUCAUUUAUUCGCGAAGGACGAUACAUUGAGCUUGAUCCCAAAUAAUCGCUUAUGCGAUACAACGAUAUUUGAAAUGGAGUUAAAACGGCCAUUCAUUACGUUAAACAUUAAGAACAUGGACAAUAUUCAGUUACAUUACGAAGGCCAGUUUGUAAUCUGUGCACAGGAUGGAUUUGAUCUAUUUCGCUCAGUGAUUAUACUGCGUGAUGUAGCAGAAAGUCGGGGUAGAGGUAUCGGUAAUGCCAACAUUCUGAUUAUUAUGAACACGGUACAUGUCUCCUUUCUAUUUGAAAGGCUCUGGUUGUAUGGAGUGAAUAACUUAAUCAUUUUAGCUCAUGCUGAAGGAAAGAUGAAACUUUACAUGUCUAAUCGAUAUUCUUCAGCAAAUACCUGUGGAGCAGCUACUAAAGUAAUAAUUUCGGAAGAUUGCGAGGAUCAAAUCAAAUUUGCUUUUACAAAGGAAAUACGUCAGAUGAAUAAUUGCCCACUUACAUUCACCUACCAGAAAGGUACUGUUUACACAAGAGCAGAAAGGUACCCAUACGUCCUUUACGUACUAUACUUUAUCCAAGAAUUAUCAAACCACGUUAACGCCACAUUUAAGCAUUACGCAUACCAGGACUUUAACGAAGGUUAUCGUUUACUAAAAAGUACUACACACAUCUCAGUGACUUGGACAAAUAGUAUAUUAUUAUGGCGUUAUAUGAUAACAGGGCCUAUAAUGACUUGUGAUAUUGUAUGGUUGGUGCCAAUGGCUGUACCAACGUCCACUAUGAAUGUUUUCUUACUAGUCGUCACGUAUGAUCUUUGGAUUGCUAUUGUCAUUGUAUUUAUAUGCGUUUCAUUAACUUGGUGUUUGAUAGUAUCUUACAGUCAAGGAUUUAGCUUUAAUACGCUAUGUUAUGCUUUCUUGUCCGUCUGGUCGCUAACUAUUUCUGGUAAUGUGUCCCAAAUGCCUAGAUCUUUUGCACUACGUAUCACAUUUUUAUGUUAUUUAAUUUAUGUAAUUCACGUUCAAUGCGGAUUGACUUCUAAUAUGGCAACUGUUCUUACAAAACCACGCAUUGGUUUUCAAAUUCGCAAUUUGGAACAGUUGGCAGAUUCUCAGUUGCCCAUAUAUAUUUUCAAGUAUUUCGGAAAAAAACAUUUCCCUUUUCGAUCGACUGGUAGUAAACUUUACAUGCAGUUAGAGAAGGAAUUGCGUGGUGUUGACGAAACGGGACUUGCUUAUUCAGUAAAAGAUGUUUCUGAUCAUAGAAAUUGUGCCGUUAUCACAACGAAGGAAGAUUUGCACGAAAUUGAAAGGGAAAUGUCUUAUAAAUCGGGCGCAUACAAAAUAUGGGAUAAUUCCAUGACGGGAGCGGCUGCAACACGAUUCGUAUUAAUCGCAGAUCAUUAUUUCACACCUACUCUCAAUUCUUUCGUAAGUACAAUGUUUGAAAGUGGAAUUGGUAACAAACGCAAACUGGAUUUUUAUAAACAAUAUCCUAAAAGGACAGAAGUUGAAGAUAUUGAGGACGGGGAACUUACUUUACGACACAUCACUUUCGCAUUCGUUAUACUAGGAUGUGGUCUAGGCAUUUCUUGUCUGGUCUUUUGCUGUGAACACUUUUAUAAUAAAUUUUGAACAUCGAAAUUUUAACCUCAAAAAAAUGUUUGCCUGUUGCAAGCUUUAUGGUAGAUAUAUUUUGUGCACAGUUUUCCUUAUCACUCGAACGGAAACUGAAUAUUUAGCACCGUGUUGUGUUGUUCAAUUUUGCUAUCACGUCAAUCCAUGAGGUGGCAAAAAAAUUGUUAAUACAAUUUAAUUAUUGGAGUGUGUGAUGUCAGUAUAUAUUAAAUUGAGCACUCUGGUUUUUCUCAAGAUACAAUAAUGUAUCUGAAAUAGGUUGACAUAUCUGUUCCCUGCCCUGUUAUUGUAAGUGAUGUAGAUUACACGCGUUGGCUCACUCGUAUGCUGUUUUAGAUAGAGACUCACUGUAGAUCUUGCGGCAUUAUACAGAUAUGCUCCGUUAUGAACGCAGGAUAUUGUUGGGGAACAUACAUAACUUUAUGUCAUUAUUGUCUGGUGAUCGUCCAGCUCAGCAAAGAAAGUAUUUCUAACUCAAAAAAGGAUAGCCGGUAUUAGCACAUAUGAAUCUUGCCGACCAAUUUUUAAGAAAUUCAGUACUUUAGCUCUUGCAUCUAUAUACAUUUCAGAAGUAUCAUCAUCUAUUUUCAGUAAUGGGCAUCAUUUAUUACGUAACUGUAAUUUACAUUCACAUAACACUCGACACAAAGAUCAUUUUGUAACUCCCUCUUCAAGGCUUAAGCUAGCAGAAAUUUCUUCUACGUCAAUGGGAAUUAAAUUAUAUAAUGUCCUUCCCAAAAGUGUAACAGGUCAGAAUACAUUCAAGAGUUUAGGGCAGCUAUAAAAGCAAUUUCUUUUAGUUCAAGCACCAUAUCCUGUGGAUGAGUUUUUUAACUUUUGUUUUCGAAACUAGUUUUAUGUAAAUAUUUAAACGUGUUCUAGUAUUAUAAAUUGUGGAGUUAUAUGUUUGUACUGUGUACAUUUGACGUAUCUCAUGCAAUGGCUCACAUUGUCAGAGAUAAUAAAUCAAUAGUGAAAAAAAAAUAUUUAAAUAUUGAAAUUUGCACGGAUGAAGGUAUUUAAUUGAAAAAUGCCACUUGUUUCUUCACCGAGCACCUAUAGUUAUAAUUAAGGUAACUAAAAUUUGUAUUUAAAUAAGCGCAUUGGUUAUUAUCUAAUCCGUCAUUAUUAAAUGUUGUAGUCAUAGGCAUUUAAGGGUUGUGGCAAUUGUAAGUGGUGCCAGCUGUUCAUUAUAGCAUAACCCUUUAGCCAUUGUGGUCUACUGGGCUA